AUGAUCAAUGGUCAGAAUCAGCCAGCUAUAAAGGCCUCAGCAGCUGUUACCGAGACACCGCCCUCGGACGGUGACGGGCGCAACGGCCAACUUGAUCCAACCGUUGAUCUUGAGAUCAACAGAGGGGAUCACGUGGCCAUAAAGGCACCGAAACCUUUUGCGAUCGCCGAUGCCUCGGCUGUGACGCUACUGACGUCAUCAACGUCAGACGCCGCGGACGUUGGCAUCGCACAAAACCCUACACCAUCACGUGUCAAGCCCUGCUCAGCUGGCACCGUAUAG